GAGAUAGAUGCCGUGUGUAGUUGUUGUGUCGAAGCCAUAUAUAUAAGAGGUAUUUGUGCGCUAUCAUAUCUUGCCACGAUCUCUUUCUGUACCACAGUACAGCUUUCACGAUAAACCAAAUCACCUCUACCCCCAGGACGCACAUCAAGACUUUCCAAUGGCGACCAUCGAUGCCCAGGAGAUCAGAGAAAGCAUCGGGCGCUUUCGGGUUCUGAUCAUAGGGAGAGCAAACGCAGGAAAAACAACCAUUCUUCAGAAGGUCUGCAACACCACAAACGAACCAGAAAUUUACGAUGCCGAAGGAAACAAGGUGCAGACCGAUGCUGCCGUCGUGACUGCCACGAUCAAGCGUGGGAAUAAUGACAUCACGAACGAGAUGGUGUUCAAGAGUAAUCCCGGUUUCCUUUUUCACGACUCAUGCGGUUUCGAAGCGGGUUCCGAAGAAGAAUUUGAGGACAUGAAGAAAUUUAUCUCACAGCGUGUGCACGCGACGAAAUUGGAAGAGCGGAUACAUGCUAUCUGGUAUUGUAUUCCAAUGGACGAAUCCUGUCGGACAUUCCAGCGGUCGGAGGAGAAAUUCUUCUUUGAGUGCGACACUGGGCACGUUCCCGUGAUUGCGGUGUUCACCAAGUUCGAAGCUCUGCGUCCAGUGGCGUAUGGAGAAAUCAAGAAGGAAAUACAAGGUGUAUCUGGAGAAGAACGCUCAAAAAGGAUCGCCCAACGUGUCGAAGAACUGUUUACUAAGACAGGCGUCUGUGAUCGGUUGUGCGACCCUGAAAAUCGUACACGUCCCAAGUUUCAUGUGCGCUUGGAGAAUAUGAACAAGCCGAAUACAAACUGUGACACUCUACUGGAACGCACGACUUUCGCACUGGACAACGACGAGUUGCGGUUGUGCUUGGUGUCGACACAACAAUCAAAUCUGGACCUUUGUAUCAAGUGUGCCGUCGCAACAAUCGUUGAUCGCGCACAUCAGCAAUCCGGGCUACGUCGGGUCGAUCAUGAAGUCUACCAGUAUUACAUUGCUAAGUGGUUUCCGCAUCUCAAAUGCUGAAAAUGAAGACAUUCUGAUAUAUGUUUCCUUGAUU